AUGAAUGGGACUUUGAAAGCCUUGGCCCACAUCGGUGCGCCCCUGGUUCUUUUGCAAAUGGUCUGCCUUAUCUACAAGAGCAACUCUACCAUGUGCAUGAAUAUCGACAUGGUUGAAUAUUUCGCUGGAUGCAUGGCUGUCACCAAAUGCUGGUCGCGCUGUGGCUUCAUUUCCUGCCCCUAUGAGAUCAAGUUGGACAACUCCAUGAUGGACAUUUUGUCCCCCAUUGGGUUUGCAGUGGCGCUGACCAUGGCCCUUCGUUUGAGACGCGGUGGAUUUUCGAUCCUAGCGACUGUAUGCGCAUGGUCCUGCAUGCGGCGGCUGACCACGUUGGUCAAAGAAUGUGAUGGUGAAGGUGUGUGGGGUGCCAUGGCGAGUCCUAAUGGUGUGGCUUUGCCUAAACCCGGAGAGUUUGUCACGCCACAGGCCCGGGAUGAAAUCACUGUGACAAUUGAGGAGUUCUUUGAUCCGGCUAGAUACCAUGGGAGAACAGUUGGAUUGCCACCAUUGCUUCCCCCGGAACCUAUGACCGACCUCACUCCGGAAAACAUCCAGCGAUUCUUUGAUCAAUCCACCUACCAUGGGAAAUGUUGUGGCCUACCACCAAUGGGACCCAGUAUUUGCAAGCCGGGUUUGACCAAAGAUGUGCUUACUCAAUUUUUUGAUGUCAAUUCAUACCGUGGGCAGAAGCGGCCAGCCGAAGCUUCGUCGGUGCAUCCCGCUGCUAAAGCCCGUAUGGGGAAAGUGGAGUUGCUAGAGAAGUUCAAGCUGGCUGCUGAACUCAAUGGAUUUAGCUUUGAUGAGAUCAUGGGCGAGCUAUCAACCAGAUCCGCGGGCAGUUCAGCCACUACUUCGAUUCUUGGGGGACCUCCUGGAGAAGCUGGUGUACCUGCACCUGAGCCUGAGCCUAGUGAUGGGGACCUAGAAGCCUUGGAGAGAGAAGUAGAAUUAGAGCUUGAUGCCGUGAUGGCUUCACCUGAGUUCAACAAAGUGCCUGAACCUGAACCCACCGUUGUGCCCAAAGCACUGCCACCAGCCCCAGCCGCAAAGACCGAAGUGACUGGGAAUUUGGCACUGGGGUUAGAGGAGGGGAUCACACCAACUGACCUGUAUGAUGCAAGGGUCGAAGAAAUGAUCACCACAAGGUUCGGCAAACUUGAUGAAGCACAGUUUGAAGCAUUGUUCGCAGCAGCCCCAGUGCACCCGGAGUAUGAGAGCUACUGUCGGGCAGUGAAACUUGAAGUGGGUGGGGAUGAUGUUGACUGGGAGUUUGGAAGGGACGAACCUUUCCUUGACAUGGUUGGGUUACAUAGUUGGGCAUUUUCCCGUCAACAAUUGCGUGACCGUUUGGCUUUGGGGGAGCUACCAGCAAAAGACACAAGCAAGGCCCCUAGCAUUGCCUGUCCAGCUGUUCACCCUUCACAGCUUCCCAAGGCCACUGCAGGUGUUCACCCUUCGCAGCUUCCAACAGCAAGCAAAUCAUCCCCCGUUGCAAAGCCACCAGCAACCAGCCCAGCACUUGCAGCCCCUGUUGCAAAGCCACCAGGCCCAGCAACAAGCCCAGCACAUGCAGCCCCAGUUGCAAUGCCAUCAGGCACAACAAGCCCAGAACUUGCAGCCCCUGUUGCAAAGCCACCCGGCCCAACAACAAGCACAGCACAUGCAGCGCCAGUUGAAACGCCAUCAGACACAGCAACAAGCCCAGCACAGGCAGCCCCAGCGACCCCAGCAGUCCCUGCACAGCCUACAAGCAUCCUUCGCAGGAGUGUUGCCUUUGUUGAGUCACCAACGGUAGUCCCAGCAGCAGCCAGCCCUGAGGCAAGCAAGGCACCAAGUCUUGCAACUGUGGAGGCCAGCCCUGAAGCAAGCCCACCCCCUCCACCGCCCGAACCUAAGAGCACAGCAGUGCCACCGCCCCCAUCCGCACUGUCAAACCAAGUGGAUGCCAUCACUGACAAAGUUAAAGAAGACAAUGGACCGAACUCAGUGACCCAUCGCCCAGAAUACAUGGCAUAUCUGAGAGCGGCCAGGAACCCCUCGAAGAUGUCCAAAGAACUGAUUCCCAUGUUUCGGUCGGACCAGAAACUAGAUCUUUUCAGGAUCUGGUUACAAAAAGGAAAGGAUUUUGCAAGGUGUGCAGUGGAAAUUCGCCGCAGAAACCUGCAGUCCCAAAGCUCCAAGAGCAAAGAUAGUUGCAUGAACCGGCAGCAGCUAGAAACCUGUGGGAAGUACACCAAGGACGAUGUUGAUGACCUCAUUAGAAGAAAGACGAUGGCAGGGCAAUACAUCUCAGACCCCAAUUUCCCAACACGGGAAGACUUGCGCCAAUACAUCAUCCACCAAGAAACCAGUGCAGAGGUGGCACGCACAAGGGAAGAUUCUCAGGAUGUUACCAGCCGAGUUGAUGUUGACAACACUGAAGCUUUGGCCCUUACAGAGGAGGGGUGUGACUUUGCUGACAACACAGGGCCUACCAUCCAUGGCCUGAUGAGUGAGGGAGGUGUGGGUGUUGGAGAACCUGUGGUGACUGGGGAUAGGGGUGGCAAGGGCGGUCGCCAUGGGAGGGUGCCCAAGGGACGAGGACGGGGUCGGGGCAAAGGGGGGGAUGGGGACCAAAGCAGAGAAACACCUGACCCUGACAAGCUCCCUACCCCUUUGGCGAAAGCCACAGCGUUGAAGAGCAAAGUGCUGAAAGAAGCCGAGGAGGCCAGGAGCCUAUGUGUUUCGAUUGAGACAUUGGAGUGCUCUGGCGAGCUUGUGCAAGCCCUGCAGCAGCAUUCCACUUCUAUGACGGAUCUUUUCAGACAGCUGAACAAGUUGACCACUGACGGGUGUGAUGACAUGACCAAGUACCAGCCCCUGUUUGACCAAGCCGCCCAGUACAGCACAUGGUAUGUGAAACGUAAGAAGGUUGCCAAUAGCAUGAAGCAGGCAGCGACCAGCGCUCCUUUCAAACGCCGGCGCAUCAAUGAUCCUGGCGACAGUGAGUUGGCAAGGCAAUUGAUUUGGGACGUGUCAAGGGGCGAUACUUGGCCUUGUGGUAUCAAGGUGAUUGUAGACUGCAUCGCGUGGGAUUGCAAAGCUUUGUUGAGCGGACGCUUCGCAGAGGUAGACCAAUACGGAAACCGACUCAGAGGAAUUCGUGGACAGAGAGCAAACACCCUCAUCGCAGGGGGAUGGCGGGGGGGUUUCGAGUCGUAG